AACUGCCCUUUUGCAAAGGGCACCCUGAUUUCUGCCCUCACUGAUCCAUGACAAAGACCGAAAUGAACCACACUUGGAUGUAUAACCUGAGCUUUGGUGCACCUGCACAUCCUGUUGAGCCAAGGGCUGGACUCUCACGAAGUGGGCACACAGUAGUGGCUGUUUUUCUCGGAUUAAUCUUGUUUUUUGGUUUCUUGAAUAACUUGAUUGUCCUCAUCCUCUUCUGCAAGUUUAAAACCCUGCGUAACCCAGUCAACAUGCUUCUCCUGAACAUCAGUGUCAGUGACAUGCUAGUGUGCAUCUCGGGCACUACCCUCAGUUUUGCAUCCAACAUCCGUGGCAAAUGGAUCGGAGGGGAUCAUGCUUGUAGGUGGUAUGGCUUUGUUAAUUCCUGCUUUGGCGUCGUGUCCCUGAUCUCGCUGGCUGUGCUGUCCUACGAGCGCUACAGCACUCUCACCCUGUGCCACAAGCGCAGCGAUGAUUUCCGCAAGGCUCUGCUGGCAGUUGCUGGUUCUUGGAUUUAUUCCUUGGUCUGGACCGUGCCACCUCUGCUUGGUUGGAGCAGUUAUGGGGUAGAAGGCGCAGGCACAAGCUGUUCAGUACGCUGGUCCUCAGAGUCAGCUGAGUCCACGUCCUACAUCAUCUGUCUCUUCGUCUUCUGCUUGGUUGUCCCUGUGAUGGUCAUGGUGUACUGCUACGGGCGCCUCCUGUAUGCUGUCAAACAGGUUGGAAAAAUCCACAAGAAUGCUGCCCGCAAAAGAGAAUACCACGUCCUGUUCAUGGUGAUCACUACAGUUAUCUGUUAUCUGGUGUGCUGGAUUCCAUAUGGGGUUAUAGCAUUACUUGCAACAUUUGGAAAACCGGGCGCUGUGACUCCAAUUACAAGCAUCAUACCUUCCAUCCUAGCAAAAAGCAGCACUGUUUGCAACCCCAUUAUCUACAUACUUAUGAAUAAGCAGUUUUACAAAUGCUUUCGUCAGCUUUUCCACUGCCAACCUCCUUCCUCCACUGAUGGAGAGCCCACCUGCCAUUUCAAGGUAACCGUUAUCCAGCUGGAUCAGAGGGCGGACGUUGGAAACUUGUGCAAUAAUGAACCACAUCCAGAAACAGACAGUAAAAUGACUUCUCUCCUGUGCCCAGAGACAACUUCAAAAGCUACACCACCAGCAUCUUAGAAAAACUGUCUCUGAUGGAAAGUACAAGCCUUAACCAAAGUGUAUUUUAUUAUUUUAUUACCAAGUAAAC